GGAGGCGGGUUCUCGUGGGCAGCGGCGGUGGCUGCCACUGAGGGGCCUGGUGACACGAACGACUGUGGUCGCGGACUCAGCCUCGCCUGGAAAGGCAUGGCGGCGCUCGGCCGGCCCUUCAGCGGCCUCCCUCUGAGCGGCAGCGCGGACUUCCUGCAGCCGCCGGCGGCCUUCGCGGGCCGGGCCUUCCCGCCGGGAGCCGCCGGCCAUGACCUGGCCCCGCGGCCGGGCGUCCGCCCUGCGCCGAGCAGCCCGGGUGGGAGAACGGCGCGCGGACGUGUUUCCCUUCACUGUAGAAAGAAACACAAGCGUUUGGCAGAGGAUGAUGAGUGUCCAAUAAGAAAAAAGCGACUGACCGAAGCUGAACUUUGUGUAGUUGCUAAUGAAUGGGUUCUUGGCACAGCCCAGGGUAUAGAAGGUCAUGGGGUAAACACGUGUCCUAGUGGCCUUUCUGUACCCAGCAUGCUAGAUGCUGUCUGUGAAGAAAUGGAUCAAACAACUGGAGAACCGCAGUGUGAAGCUGCCAGGAGGAAGCUUCAGGAGAUUGAGGACAGGAUAAUUGACGAAGAUGAAGAGGUUGAAAGUGACAGAAAUGUUAGCCACCUCCCAAGUCUUAUCCUUUCCGAAACCAUGAAAACAGGCUUGAAGAGGGAAUUUGAGGAAGUCUUCACAAAGAAAAUGAUUGAGUCCAUGAGCCGUCCUUCCAUGGAGCUUGUGCUCUGGAAACCUCUCCCUGAACUCCUUUCUGAGAAGCCAAAGCCAUCCUCUAACCCUAAGAACUACAUGGGAGAGAGCCAAACAAAGCGUGCAGCUGCCGGCACUGCCUUCCCACAGAGAACUGAACUGUUGCUGGAGCCUCGGUGCACAGACACACCGCUUUACCAUAGUCUGGAGACAGUUGCUAGCACAGAGGAAGAGAUGGAGCUCUAGAGACCAGCUGCUGCUCCAACUUGGCAAGUUCUGGAAGGCUCCCAUGUUCAGUAAUGAGCCUGCCUGUGUAGUCUAGGGACCUGAAAGUUUUAUGAAACGGGUGUAGUAUCUCCCCCUGUGGUGUAAAGUGGGACUGUCAUUGUGGGUAGCCAUUUAUUGAAUUCAACUUUUUGCCAAGGAAGCUUAUCUCAAGGGAAGUGCAGUUUUCUAGCAGGCUUAUCCAAGAAAUAUUAGUCUUUGUAAAGACAGGUGUAGAUGCUGGAUGUGUUAUUGGUGACUUAAGUCAUCUGUCCCGUUGUUGAAGCCAUUCUUGAGAUGAUUACGUAGAGGAAUGCUCCUAAUUGCCACUGCACCCUGACAACGAAGUCAUGUAUUGAGCCCCUUGUGGUUUCUGUACACCUGACAGCAGGAGGGAAGAUAGCAGUACUUUGAGUUUGUUGUGAAGCAAUUGAACAGACAAGGAAACUUGUGUUGGCAUCAGGUUGGUGUAGCUGUAUUGUUUCAAGCAGUAGUUUUUGGUAUCCUUUCAUGACUGAUAAGCUCAGUUGGUCAGUAAUGUUUACACUUCAAUUAACUUAACGUGAGUGAUUUAAUGAAUGUGGGCUAACCCCCUCUGCAAAUGCCUGUGAGAGAAGUGUCUUUUCAUGAAUCCUGAGGACAUGCUGUGUCAGCUAAACCCAGCAUUGAUAGCUUCUAGAGUUUAAAAAGGGAAGGUUGUACUUGUAUUAACAAGUUGAGUUUUUUUUUUAAUGUUGGUUGAAAACAGUGACUUAGCUGAGAAGAAAUGGACAGGUGUCUUGGAGAUAGCUACUUGUUCGGUGCUUUUAAGCUAUUGUGCAGUAAGCCUAAGUUAGUGGAGAUGGCCUCCUGCCAGCAGGAAAUCUUUACCCUUUAGUACCCAAACCAGGCUCAAGGUGUUCUUUGGGAAUAACCAGGGUUAAGUUUUUAAUUUCUCAGGAAGAGCUCUUCAGCAUGGCAGGAUGUAUAACAAAGGCAUGACAGCUGCUUCAGCGCUGUAGAGCAGUCUCUGCAACAUAGCCGCUGAGGUAGUAAAUAACUCUUUCUACAGCAGAAAACCUCAGUUUGGUUUUCAUUUUCUGGGUUUCUUCUCCCUUUGUAGGAAAAGGAAAAAAAAAAAAAAAAAAAAAAAAGAUGUUUCUGUAGAGUAGAGGUGAGUUUUUAGAAACUUAGCUUCCAGGCAUUUUUGCAACUCCUGCUAAAGUCCCUCCUGUGGAUGGCAGAGGAGGCACAAGUCUGUUCAUUAGACUGUUUCUCCUCUUGCCUUCUCUUUGUUCCUGCCCCUCUCUUUCUGUCUGGAUGUCAGGAAAAGGUUUAAUGUUUAAUAUUUAAACAAAAUAUUUAUGUCUACACAAAGUUACUCAAGCUUCAAACCAGUAUUGAAACCAGUUGGAAACCAGCUAAUAGUUUCUUCAUCUCAGAGAGGUGAACGUAACUGUCUUCUGUUGAAAUGUGCAAGUGUUUGACUCAUGUCAUUUGAAAAACUAAUGGCUUGUUUAAUGGGACCAACUAGUAAAGUUUAUAGCCUUAAAGAAAUAUCUAUGCUAAGAAAUAUCGGUACAGUUGAGAGACAUGCAGGGACUGCCAAGAGUCUGGAGUUAGCCCCAUAUUAGAAGGAAAUGGCAGCUUCCAAAGGGCCCAGAAUACCAGACUGCCCCUGAAAGGCCUUAAGUGGCUUUGAUGGGGUUGGUAACUACUGGAGGAUGUCUUUUAACUUGUCAGAAGUCCUUACCUGAUAUGAUCCUAUUUCUGCAGGAAAGUGGAUGUUUCAUGCUCCUUUUGGACUUUAUCUACUUGCACAUGUUUGUACAAAAAUCAUCUUCAUCCUUGUGGUUCUUACUCAUUUGACUGCCUCCAGCCCCAUGCUCUGUUUUCUUUUCUAGCAUAAGGCUUUUGCUUUCAUUCCCUUAAGGUUUUCCUAAGGGAUUAACAGGUUUUUUCAUCUUGUAUAGUUUCUUGCAGCAUGGAUCAAACAUUGGCUCAAUGUACUAAUGUGAAGGUCAACAAGUAUCUAAAGCAGGUGAGCUCUGAUGAACAAAUGUAUAUUUUCUCUGAGUUUAAAUCGGGUGUGUGUGGGGUUUUUGGUUCUUAGUUUGGGUUAUUUUGUUGUUGUUCUUAAUAUGAAGAAUAAUAUGAGAAUCCAGCUCUCAUAAUAUACAUCAGUUUAAAACUGCUCAUUCUUGAAAAGAUAAAAAUGUAAAAUUUAGAAACAUAAGUAGGACAGGACUUAGACGGCAGAGGAGAAUGUUAACUAACAGGUUCACCUGCUGCUCUGCAUCUGGAACCUGUCCUGGUGAAUAGUGACAAGAAUGGUACAGAACUAGGAACAUCUAGAGGAUGUGUCAGCUUUACUUCAAAGAUGAGAACCUGGUGUUUCUGUAUUUUAUUAUUUUCAAUAAAACUCAAGUGUUUUGAACUUUUUAAA